CACCUCUGCAGCUUUCCCCGCGUUAUGGUGGGGCAAACUCACAGGGCGUGGACGGCCACGGCUGGCUUUAAUAGUCGCGUAGUCGCUCCAACAGUACGCUUGCAUACACAGGAUUGAGCCGUGUUAGGUGUCCACGAGCUGCCAUCCCCCGAAGUAGAAGCUAAACACAGCCAAGAUGGUUUACACAGCAUCAUUCGCUUUUUUCGAGGCUCUGUGGGAGGCCGGUGUGCGAAACGUGUUUGUCAAUCUAGGAUCUGACCAUCCCUCCAUUAUCGAGGCCAUUGUCAAAGGGCAGAACGAGAAAAGAGGUCAAUUCCCGAAGAUUGUGACAUGUCCGAAUGAAAUGGUCGCCCUGUCGAUGGCAGAUGGCUACGCUCGAUUCACCGGCAAACCUCAAUGCGUUAUCGUACACGUCGAUGUCGGGACCCAAGGUCUCGGAGCGGCUGUCCACAAUGCCUCGUGCGGACGAGCACCGGUGCUCAUCUUCGCCGGUCUGUCGCCAUACACAAUCGAAGGAGAGAUGCGGGGAAGUCGGACGGAGUACAUCCACUGGAUCCAAGAUGUGCCCGACCAGAAGCAGAUCGUGGCUCAGUACUGCAGAUACACCGGCGAGAUCAAGACGGGCAAGAACGUGAAGCAGAUGGUCAACCGGGCACUGUCAUUUGCAAUGAGUGAUCCUAAAGGGCCUGUCUAUCUGUACGGUGCGCGAGAGCCGAUGGAGGAAGACCUGGAGCCGUACCAGCUGCAGCUUAACUACUGGCGCCCUGUUGAGCCAUCAGCGCUCCCUCCCAGCGGAGUGAAGAACAUUGCCGAGGCUCUGGUGAACGCGCAAGAACCUCUUGUCAUUGCAGGCUACACAGGCCGGAAUCACGCUGCUGUGCAAGAACUCGUGAGUCUGGCAGACAACGUAAAGGGCUUGCGCGUACUCGACACAGGAGGUAGCGACAUGUGUUUUCCGGCAAACCACCCAGCAUGGCUCGGCCUACGAUACGGCAACGAUCCCAGCAUCAAGACAGCAGACUGCAUCUUAGUCAUCGACUGUGACGUACCCUGGAUCAACACCCAAUGCCACCCCAAAGACACAGCUAAGAUCUUCCACGUCGAUGUAGAUCCUCUGAAGCAGCAGAUGCCUGUCUUCUACCUUAAUGCCAGCCAGCGUUAUCGUGCAGACUCAUACACGGCGCUGUCUCAAUUGAACGAGUACCUGGGAAGAAACCUUAAAGAUAAAACUUCCAGCGAGCUUUCCGCAUCUCGCUGGUCAGCACUGCAACAGUCACACAAGAAGAAGUUGGAAGAAAUUGCCAGUGAGGCUAAAGUAGACGAUAAAGGUCACUUCUCAACGCCCUACCUUUGCUCUCAACUCAAAGCCCUCUGCCCCAGCGAUACCAUUUGGGCCAUCGAAGCUGUGACCCAAACCGGAUUCGUGGCCGACCAGAUCCAGGCUACACUUCCUGGGUCGUGGAUCAACUGCGGAGGAGGCGGUCUCGGCUGGUCUGGUGGUGGCGCGCUGGGCAUCAAGCUCGCCACUGAUACAGAAGGCAAUAAACAGUUCGUUUGCCAAAUUGUGGGGGAUGGGACGUAUCUCUUCUCGGUACCCGGGUCGGUGUACUGGAUCUCACAGCGCUACAACAUCCCAAUCCUUACUAUCGUGUUGAACAACAAGGGCUGGAAUGCGCCGAAGCGGUCCCUUCUGCUUGUUCACCCUGACGGUGCAGGUUCCAAGGUCAGCAACGAGGAGCUCAACAUCAGCUUUGCCCCCACGCCGGAUUACUCGGGCAUCGCUAAGGCUGCGUCUGGUGGUGAGAUUUGGGCUGGCCACGCGAGUACUGCGGAAGAACUAGGCAAGCUGCUACCUGAAGCUAUCAAGAGCGUACUCAGCGGGAAGAGUGCAGUGUUGGAUGCUCACUUAGAAGGCCCAGAAGGCAAAUAUGGAGGUGGGAAGGCCAAGCUAGGUUGAAAGAGGGACCAAGCUAUCCCUUGUCAAGUG